AUGGAAGAUCAGCCCUUCCGCGUCAUCGUCGUCGGCGGCGGCCCCGUCGGCCUCACCGCCGCCCACGCCCUCCUGUCCGCCGGCAUUGACUUCGUCGUCCUCGAAGCCCGGCCCACCUUCACCCCCGAAGAAGGCGCUAGCCUCGUCGCCUACGCGUCUACCCAGCGCGUAUGGCACCAGCUGGGCCUGUACGGCGCCAUGGCGGCCAAGUCCUGCCCCGUCGAGACGCGCAGCUCGGCGGAUUAUGCUGGGAACGUCUACCGUCGAGGCUUCCCCAGCGCGACGCAGCGGAGGCUGUUUGGCGCGGCGCCGUGGAAUUUCCACCGAAAGGAGCUGGUGGAGGUAUUGUAUGAGGGGAUACCGGCGGAGAUUAGGGAGGAGAGGCUGUGUGCGGGACAUAAGGUGUGUGGGAUUGAGGUUGAUAAGGAGGGCGUGACGGUGCGGUGUGAGGAUGGGAGGGUGGAGCGGGGCAGUAUGGUGCUGGGGGUGGAUGGGGUGCAUAGUAAGACAAGGGGGCUGAUGCGUGAGUUGAUGAUCUCGGCGUCAAAAGCGAAAGAAGGCGGCGAGGAUGAGGCGUGCCUUCUGCCGGAACGGCCGUACAAAGCCGAGUACCGCUGCCUGUGGGGAACAUGCCCAGCGCCGGAGGCUUGCGCGCCGAACUCAAAUGCGGAGAGCCACGGGUCGGAGCGCAGCAUUAUGUUUAUGACGGCGCGUGAUGGCCGCAGCUGGUUCUUCUUGUACGAGCAGCUUGACGGGACGCGCGAUGAGAGCCAGAAGUACACGAAGGAAGAUCAGGAGGAGAUGGCGGCGCGGUUUUCUCAAAUACACCUACUGCCGGGCCUGCCCUUCGGCGAUAUAUGGCCGACGCGCACAGCUUGUGGCAUGGCAGACCAGCUGGAGGGUGUGCUGCCGCAGAGACAUUGGCGUCUCUCUGCUGCGCAGGGUGGCCGUGUUGUGCUCGCGGGCGACGCUGUCCACCGAAUGACACCCAACUUUGGCUGGGGAUUCAAUUCCGGGGUCAACGACGUGUGCGCGCUCGUGUCGCUGCUUCGCGCCGAGGUGAUGGGCUCGUCAUCGCCAUCACCCUCGACCGCUCAACUCGACGGCGUCUUUGCAAGCUACGCAGAAGCACGUUGCGUGGACGACGAUGUGGCCGACGUGGUCAACAUCAGCGGGACGGUGACCCGGCAGUGUGCGCAUCCGCGUGACCGGGGUGUCAUUGCCGCCGUAUUUGCCUGGCUGCUCACGCAUGUUGUCCCGUUGCUGGUUCGGGACUUUGAGGCGAAAUUAACGAAAAGGUUGCUAGGCAGCGUUAUGCGGAGGGGUCGCGUGCUGGAGUUUUUGAAGGAGGAUGAGGAUUCAUCAGCGCGUACAGAUGAGAAAUUGUUUGUUGGGGAGAUGGGAUGGGCCUUUUCGAUCCCUACUGUGGCUGUUGCCGCGGGGGAGAAGGAGAAUGAGAAGGAGUAG